CAAGCACACAUGUAAAGCAUCAAACAAACAAAUACGUUCACAAACACAGCUUCCUUCAGCCUUUCACAAACAACAGAUGUCAUACAAAGGGCCGUCCAUAAAAAAAACGGUCAACCACAAUGAGUGUUGGAGGGUUUUUGAAGGGAGCCAGGUUCCGGUUCAGUGGUCAUGCAUGACAUUUUUAUAUAAAACUGGUGAGUAGACUCACUAGGUUGACGGGGUGGAAGACGGGAGUUAUGAUAUGAGUAAGCCAGCAGACUGAUGACAACACGUUUAGUGUCACCAUCCCUGACGUACGUGUGUGGAAAACACAGAGCUACCGGAACAGAGGUAAUGAAAGGUUUUGUACAGCCGUGACUUCUACUGGUCUUCAUCGCUAACUUAUCCGGCGAAUCGAGGGUAAGCUGACGUUUGUGGUUUGCCAUAGAGUUGUCGUUUGGACGCAAAAAGCAAACAAGAAGUCAAACUGAGGAUUGUCGUCUGCUCCAGUCAUUUCGGGACAAAUUACGUGUGGGGGCGAGGCCCUGUUGUAUUGACUCAGCCAUGUUAGCUAAAUGAGCAGAUUGUACGCCCCCUGACAACAUGAAACCCACCUGUAGUUCUGGACUGGGACAUUACGGAAGGGGGGAAAUUGCAAUCUAGUUAACUCAUCGCACGUGGGAUCAAAAGAUGGCCGGGAACGUGUCUGUCAGGGCGGAUAAUGCUAGCCAACUGAUGGACGAGUUAAACAGAAGGGAAAUUCGCCUCCUGACGCCAGUCAUCGCUUUCAUGGCUGUCCUCAUGGUUUUGGGAGUUGUUGGGAACUCUCUCGUCUGCUACGUGUACGGUACCCGGAUGAAAAAGACCACGGUGAAUACUUUUAUCGUGUGGUUAGCCGUGCUGGACUUGUCCACCUGCAUCGUAGGUAUCCCCAUGGAAAUCUACGACAUCAUGCAGCAUUAUUACUUCGACCUUCCCGCUUUCUGUAAAGUUCUGCGUUUCACGAUUUACCUGACGGUGAUGACGUCAGUGGCAACUCUCGUCUUCAUCGCUUUGGAUCGAUACUUCAAAAUCUGCAAGCCUUUGAAGAAAACGUUGUUAAGCCGGAGUAGAGUGACGGUGAUGAUAUCACUAGCCAUGGGGCUGACUCUCAGCUGGCCAUCGCUCGUACUCUUCGGCCGUACGAAGGUGGAAGUUCCUGGCUUAAACGUGUCUGGUGUAGAUUGUGGAAUAGACGAAGUUUUCCAAGGAAGUUGGUACCCAAGGAUUUACUUGUUUGUGUUAGCCUUAGCAUUCCUAGCAGGAGCGACCAUUUUGACUGUGCUCUACACUCUGUUAGGUUAUACCCUCCAUAAGAGAAACCUGCGCCCACUGGGCAAUACUAUGAGCAUGCCCCCCAUGGAACCGGAAAGUUCAGACAACGGCCGAAGAGCGACGAAGGUGGGGAAGGGGAAAGGAAGUGACGCAAUAUCGCAGUCCGGUACUAUCCGGCCGCGGAAAUCUCGCAGACGAUACAAAGUGGCGAGGACGAGUUUUGUGUUUUUUGUCAUUACUCUAGCCUUCGUCCUCAGUUUUCUGCCUAGUCUGGCUUUAAUGACACUCAAUACUGUCAAAACCAAAUUUGCUCAAACUUUGACAGAUCAUCAGUUUGUAGCGUACAGCUUUUUCUUGCGCACAUAUUUUAUUAAUAAUUCUAUAAAUCCUAUUAUUUAUGGUUUUCUAAACCAGCUGUUUAGGAUUGAAGUUUUUGACAUAUUCAGGCGAAUGACGAGUCGAGUGAGUAGACGACCUGCACAACCCGUCUCUGUGACGUCAGAGUGAUUAGACGGGCUACACAAUCUGCCUCUAGGUUAGGGUGAAUAGACGGGCUACACAAUCUGCCUGUGACGUCAGAGUGAGUAGACUGACUGCAUAACCCGUUUCUUUGACGUCAUAGUGAGUGCACUGUCUGCACAACCCGUUUCUGUGACAUCAGAGUGCUUCGACUACGUGCUCAACCCAUCUGUGUGAUGUCAAAGUGAGUAGACGGCUAACAGAACCCGUCGCUGUCACGUCAGAGUGAGCAGACGACCUCUAUAACGAGUCCGUGACUUAAGGGUGAAUAGAUAGCCUGCGAAAUACGUCUCUGUGAAAUCAGAGCGAGUCGUGAACUUCUAUGUCCUGUGUUUGACUUAAUCUUUGGACCGUUUUCGAGAUGAAAUCCUUAACACACCAUUGGCAACAGAGUGGUAUACAUGGUAUAUAGUCCCAAGCACUACUGAAAACAUUAACAGACAGGAUUCGUUUUUAAGUAUUGAAAAUGAAUAUCACCAGAAUAUUUAUAGUAAUAUUUAAAAUCUUAAAAUUUAUUAAAAUUUACUUCUUUACGCAAGUGAACUUUCGCUACGUCAUUUUUGAAAUAUCUCCAAAGGUUUAAUUGACCUGUAAAAUGUUCAUGGUUGUGAAUGUUAACAUAGUUCUCCUGUCUAUUUAGUGACCAGCAAUCCACUGGCUCCGUCGGCUAAAACCCCUGGGUCCACUUUCACACAACUUUGUAAGUCAUAUUUCUCGUAAUAUUUUUCGUCAAGACUUUGUCUAGGUGAGAGUGCCAUAAGGCGGCGUCAUUUACAAGAACAUUUACGAAAAACUGAUGUAUGGAGUGGAGUGAAAGUGGGCCUCCAUACAUGCCACCUAAAACUAUUCGAAUACGAAUCAUUAGAUUUAGUCUAUUGUUCAUUCCCUCCUUAGUUGUGACGAUUUGCUGACAACUGGUAAUGUGUAGUAGUCAUGUAUAACAAGAAAACAGUUAUUAAUCUGACUUGAACCCAAGUGAACAUUGCACGGAAGAUGAUUCACCUUCAUGUCGUAGACUGGCAACCAGGGCUGAUUGAUGCGGCAGACUUCGUAAAGGGAAAAAACUCUAAAAAUCGAAGCAGGCAUCACUAAAUAGACAACUUAAAACUUAAAUAUAAAUACACUUUCAUAUAUUUUUUUUAGAUUUUGUGAAAAUGGUUAAACGUGCUCAAACGUUGGAAUACCAAGAUAGGCUUUAUGAACCAUACUGUCAGAAUUUCUUAACUCUGACGUCAUAGGAAGUUUUUCCAACUGUUAUCAUGACACUGACUUGGAAUAGCUCUUUUUACCCACGAAAAAAAGAUUACUGAAAUAGUGUUCCCAAAACUUGUUUCCAUUUGGUGAACAUCAGGAAAAAAGGUUCCUAGUUACCGUCAGUAUGGCUCAUAAAAUCCACCAUAAUAUUAAAAUAUUUGAAUGUCUUUCAACACUAAAUGGAAGCAUUUUCGCGCAUAGUUUUCAGUAGUCUGUAUGCUGAACCUUGCUUCAUAUUUUAGCUUUGUUUUACUUUAUGUCAGGAGGUUUGUCAACUAUCUGGCGAAGAAUGUUUGGGCGGGUGGAUAUUCUCCGGGCACUCCGCUUUCCACUGCACAUAAACCCGACCUCCCUCGUAAAGGUGAAAAUUAUCUUGCGUACGGAGUUAAGUAUCAAUAAAAUAUAUAGAUUCACAUUUUCUUUAUAUAUCCACUAUGUUGAUGGAUUUAAAUCAUUUUUCCAAUAUUGCGAAUGCGUAAAAUUUAACAAUGUGUCAACAACAGCCGUGUUAAGUAUUAUAAUCCAAAUUUUAAUAAUUUCUUGUUAUUUGGAAU